UCGGCAUGACAGUGUACACCAUGAACACAACGGGCCCACACCUGGUGACCCUGGGUGUGACGUGGGAGGGCCAGCACGCAGCCCUCACCCACGUUGUGUGGGUGUACUUCCCCCUCGCUGACCACCACGCCAUCUUCACCACGCCCGCCCUUACACACACGCCCCCUGGUACUAUUAUUGCUAACAUUAGCAUCAUCUCCCAAGGGGAGCUGCCAACCCUGCUGAUGGGGUCAAUCGACUGGGGAGAUGGUCAGCCCAAUUCGGUAGUGAAUUUAACUGACAUCACUCAGCCUGGGUCCAAAGGCCACGUUGACCGUUCCUACAGUCACAACUAUACAAGAAAUGGAAAUUUCAUGGUUCUGCUUUCUCUUGCUAACCCCAUUUCGAACACGCAACUCUCCAGCUCGGUGAGAGUAGUUGAGCACAUCACACUACGCAAGGUCUUGGUUCAUUACCUAAAUAAGGAUGACAUUCCAGCAUGGCCCUCCACUGUCUUCAAGACGAAUGCAAUGCUUAACUUCACAGCUGUUGUUGAAAGUGGCAUUGCAACCCGCUUUAAGCUUCUUGUGAAUGGAGAGAAGAAAACGAGUGAUAACCCAUACAUCAUGUACACCUUCCAGCGGGCUGGGAUGUUUAACGUGAGCAUGACCGCAUCAGGAGAAGCAGGAGCAUCCCAUACAGUGGUAGUGAAAGUAAAGGUGGAACAACCAUUAAAGGAACACAGUGUUCAGCUGCGUCUACCAGACAAAGUGGUUUGGCCACCAGCCAAGACAACUGCAGUUAUCAAUGUGACAUCACGGGAGGAGCUGCCUACUCAUGUGAGUGGUACAGUGAGCUGGGGCGAUGGUAAGACUGUGACAGAGGUGAACAUGACUGAUGACACGCCACCAGGCUCCUCGGGAUCAGCGACACGUCUGCUCACCCAAGAGUACCAGCAACCAGGGCACUAUCUUGUCAUGGUACACCUCUCAAACUCUGUGUCACAGGUCAACAUUUCCAAGAUGGUACUAGUGUUGGCACAGCUCUCACUUGACAAGAUUGUUGUGGUGUACCAGAAUGAAUCUGAUGCCCCAGCAAAGACUACAGACAUCUUCAAGACAGAUGUACCUCUUGUUUUAACUGCUGUGGAGAAAGGUGGAGUUUCAUCUAACUUUACUCUAAUAGUGAAUGGAAAAAAUAUAACAAGCAAGUCUCCAUCCUUCGUCUACACUUUCACAACAGCUGGAGAACACAUCAUCAGCAUGAAGAGUUGUGGCGAGGCUGGCACAUCUCUAGCAGUGACGAAAACACUGCAGGUAGCGAGACCAGUGAAAGAAGACAAUUUGCUGCUGCUUGUUCCGAAGCUUGUUGUGUGGCCUCCAGGUGAAGCAAAUGUGACAAUAAAAGUCAUAUCAAAUGAGGAGCUUCCCACUAAUGUAACGGGUUUUGUCAACUGGAAUGAUGGUGAGCCAGACACUGCAGUGGACCUAACUAAGGAAACCUCUCCAGGAACUCAUGGUUUGGUGACAAGAGAUUUGUUACACACAUAUAGCCAACCAGGAAACUACCUGGUUUCCCUUUUUCUUCAGAACUUGGUGUCGCAAGCAAAUGUAACGACUACGCUCCUGGUGUUGGACCACUUGACGUUGGGUGGGAUACUUGUAGAGUAUGAAGAUAGCAGUGAAUCGUCAGGAAGUUAUGAUGGAGUAUUUAAGACCCACGUCCCAUUAAACAUCACGGCCCUCAUCAAGACCGGAUUUGCGGAGGAGUUCAUACUCACUGUAAAUAAUGAAGUACUUACCAGUAGUACUCCAACAUUUAUUUACACCUUUCAAAAAGCUGGUGAAUAUGAAGUCACAAUGAGGACAUUAGGAGAUGUGGGGACUUCGAACACCAUGUUCACUCGCGUUAUAGUGGCUAGACCUCUGACAGAGGAAAAUGCUGUAAUAGAAGCACCCGAGUAUGUUGUGGCACCUCCUGGUGAAACUAAUGUAACCCUAAUGCUGAUAUCUAUGGAGGAGGUCCCAACUAAUGUGACGGGUUGGAUCAGUUGGGGGGAUGGGGAAGCUGUUGAGGAAGUAAAUCUUGUGGGUGAGACGCCAGCAGGAGCUAGAGGCCCCGUGUCACGGGUCCUGAAGCACACCUACUUGGAGCCUGAUCACUAUGUGCUCAGUUGGUACAUGAAGAACCCAGUGUCUCAAGUUAACCUGUCUCAUUUGGUGCCUGUGAUACACCAGCUGGAGCUCAGUGAAUUAGUCAUAACUCUUGAGGCUGGGGAUAACACCUUGACAAGACCUGAACACUUCUACUUUCUGGAGGACACAGUUAGCAUCCGUCUGGGAAGCAUCAUUGGACAAGCAGAUCGCUAUAUCCUCUCGGUCAGUGGCCAACAAGACCAGGUACAGACAACGCCCAUCUUCAACCUAACGUUUGACAGAGAGAGUGACUAUGAAGUUACUGUAGUUGCAGAGGGCAUGGGAGGAACCUCAAAUAUAGUGUCUGGUUGGGUGAGGGUUCGUGCCAAACUACAUGGUCUUGAGGUAGAGGUGUCCGAUACAGAAAUUCGAGCUGGUAUGGAGGUUACCUUUAGGAUACGAGCCCCACUAUUUCUCGGUGCAUGCCUGACUGUGGACCUUGGAGAUGGCCACUUUGUGGGAUGGAAACGAGCUGAUAAAUGUGAAGGUCAAAAGACUGGUCAUGAAGAAUGGGAGGAAGUACAACUAUCAGAAUUAAUGACUCUAACUCAUACAUACUUAUCACGAGGGAUAUACAACUCGACAGUUAAGCUGUUUUCCAUUAUGGGGGAAUUACAAGAGACGAUCAAAUUGACUGUUCUUGAGAGCCUUCCAUGUGACAAAUUACACGUCUGGAUCCAGAAGAAUGGCACUUUAGAAGCCCCCUUCAACAUGACACGUGCACAAAAGGUGUGGAUCCGAAGCUUUGCUGAAAUUAAUUGCACUGUCCCGGAAAUAGAGAUGGAUAUUGGCUGGAGGAUAGUACAUGUGAACGAUAGUAAGGAAGUGGAUCUCUUGUCUGUCGGCACAACCAAAAGUGUAUUGUAUCUACCAGUGCGGACCCUUCACUAUGGCCUCUAUCGUGCUAUAGUGUCUUAUAAUAUCUCUAUGAUAAAGCCAGAAGGUGUAGCUGUUUGGACAGUUCUAUCCAGGGAGUCUGUGAUUGAAGUAGGAAAAAGCAUCCUGAUGGUUGUAAUGGUGAAAGGAGGCGCUCCCAGGGUUCGCCGAGGUACUCUGCAGACACUUAGCCUUGUACCUGGCCAGGUCUCGUAUGACCCAGACUAUCCUGAGAUACCGCUGGUUAGUUAUGUGUGGUCAUGUCGUUUGGUGGAUGAAGAGUUACCCGAGAGGAGUGUAAUCUCGGAUCCCCCGGCCAGCAGAGAUUCGUAUGAUGGAAAGAAGGACCAGGGUGGAUGCUGGGGCCAGGGACCAGCAUGGAUGACUACUACCGACCCCAUGUUCAAUAUUGACGUCGAUAUUUUUCGAAAUCCUCAUAAGACGUACAGCCUUCAAAUUAUAGCACGUAGCCGUGACGGACGAGAGAAUACAGCAGCACUGGAGGUGGAAGUUGUAGAGGGCAACCCGCCAACGCUUGCAUCGGGCUGUGAUCCUCCGUGGUUCUGCAGACAAAUUACAGGUGCUCAGCUUGUCAACCCAGCCAAGCUCAUUAUUAAAAGUGGUUGUGAGUUGAAGCCAGGAGAAGAGCCUGUUGGUGAAGAUGGCUGUGGAGAAGUUCCCCUGCAAUACUCCUGGAAGAUCUUUGGUGUCGAGUCUUCUGGUGGGGGCACAAAGUUACUCGAUAUUACUGGUGUGGCUAUAGGAGAACAUCAUUAUAAAUUGGCUCUUCUGGAUGAAUUUUGGGAGAAAUAUGGCUCAUUGUACAACCUAUUUGAUGUAGUAGUCACCGCUCACCGUGCAGAGGAAACGUCUGAAGGUCUUGCUCUCCAGCGUAUUCAAAUUAACAAAGCGCCAAUAGGAGGGACUUGCCGUGCAAAGAUACUGGAGUUGACAAAUGAGGAUGAUGUACUGGAGGAGAGUGAGAGGGAGGUUGUCCCUACUUUGUCCGUCACUGCCGUCGUUGACACAGUCUUGUGUAACUGUAGUGACUGGCAGGACCCAGAAGGUUUUGAGAUACCCAAAUAUUCCUUCUUUGCGCUGACAGACCAAGGCGAGAAGAUGAUACUGACAUUUGGACUUAAUAAUGGUGGGCAAAUGGUGCUGCCAUAUGCUAACUUGACAUUAUGGGCAGCAAUCAGUGACAACAUGGAUGCCGAAACACAUUUCCUUAUUGCCAACAUUGACCCACUUCUUCCUUCCAAGACAGCCUUUGAAGAGUACAUGGCCAGAAAUCUUCUGACAAAGGCUGUAGGUGCACGUGACCAGACCAAAGUGGACAUGUUACUACGUGCAGAGAAAUCUUUGAAAGGCAUCACUCUUCCAGAUGAAACAGAUUAUAAUGAAAAAACUAAAGGUUCUGAAGAAGAUGGAGACAUAACCCUUGAAAAAAAUAAGAAUAUGCUAGGAGCUGCUGAUAAGUUUUCAGCAACAUCCAUGGAUGAAGUUAUCCAGGUAAAUAAUAUCCUCCGAGCAGUAGCCUAUCCGUUGCCAAAGGAGAACCAGGCAUCAGCGGUAGAGAUGCUAGUGACCCUGUCAAUGUCGGCUGACAAAGAAGCUCCGCUCUCCCAGCAGAAGGACUUUGUUGCUGGAGCUCUGGCUACUACAGCCAACCUGAUGAAGGGUAUUAAUAAAAGUAUGAAGUCAAAUGUUUCUGAAGCGACCAAUGAAGUUGGCCGGGAAAUGUCAGGGAUAACUAGAGCAAGAAGGAAAAGAAUGGCUGUCAACGAGUCUCUAAGCUUGGAAGAGGAAGACAAUCCUCCGUAUGAACCCUCGGAAGAUGAUCGUGAUGCUAAUGACAAGGUGGAGAAAAUGUUGGAGAUAGUUGGGUCAUCCCAGGGAGCACUGCUUCAGGCAUCUGUUGUAGGGGAGGAGCCGGCCAAGAUUGAUGCAGGGGAUCAAGUCAACAUGGCUGUUGGAUUCUUUGAUGCUGCGGAGCUAGGAGGAAAAGUUGUAGAGGUUGGUGGAGCUGUGUAUGUGUUCCCUAACUACUGUGCCAUCACUAGGCAGGAACCUACUUGUCUCACUAACAAAUCCAUUACAAUAGGUGUCCAAAUGGCAAAAUGGAAAGGUCAGGUUCAUGGGUAUGGAGGAGGUCGGGACCAGCUUAGUGACGACUCUGCUACAGUACAAUUGUCGCUGGUGGAUGCUACAUCAACACCUAUCCCAGUAAACAACUCUCUUGAAGAUUUCAUUAUGUAUAUUCCAAGGUCACAAGAAACUGUUUCAGAACCAACACUUAUAGAACCACGGGUGUCCUCCAAAAUGGGUCUGAGCAUCCACAACAUAAUUGUCCCAGCUCCUCGGGUGGCUGUGACUCUGUUGGUUCGACCAGAAAAUGAUUCUGAUGGCGAUGACUGGGUUCUUGCAUGGUCCUCCUCGACUCUCAACAGUUCCCUGGAAUAUGCAGAUAAUCUAGUCUCCUUCAGCGAUCUGACGUAUCAUCCUGAUAGUGGGUUCUAUGAGCUGUUUCUAGACUCUGAAACCAUCAGUAAUGUGACUGGGAUGUAUUCUGUUGGUAUUGGACGCUAUAAUAUGACAAUUCCACAGCCCCAAGAGCACCCGUGCUUUGAGGAUCCACCAAACAACACUGUCCUGUUGAGCUAUGACACCAGUUUCAAUUCUACCUAUUUCUUCAGCACAUUCACAUCCUCUUGCCUCUUCUUCAAUAAAGAACUUCUGACAUGGAGCAGUGAUGGAUGUAAGGUAAUUGGGGCAAAUUCCACGGUGACGGUGUGCGCUUGUAACCAUCUGUCGUCGUUUGGAUCCGGAUUCUUCAUUAUGCCGAACACUAUAGACUUCUCCUAUGUCUUUGCUAAUGCUGGAUUUGCAGACAAUCUUACUAUCUAUCUUGUACUCAUCAUAUCCUUGGGACUCUAUUUCAUUAUCCUGAUAUAUGCUAGGAUAAUGGACAAAAAAGAUGUCGAGAAAGUUGGAGCAACACCUUUGCCCGACAACAAACCCAAUGACCACUACCUUUACAACAUAAUGGUACACACCGGCCAGCUUCCCAAUUCUGGAACCAAAUCUAAGGUACAUUUUCUGCUGGUUGGUGAUUGGGAUGAAACCGAUGUAAGAACUCUUAAUGAUGAACAACGGCCAUUGUUGACAAGAGGUGCUUCAGACCAUUUCAUUAUGGCUGCUGAAAGAUCACUUGGCCCACUGCAUUACCUGCGAAUCUGGCAUGACAAUAGUGGUAAAGGCAAGGAUGCUUCCUGGUUCUUCUCCUACAUGGUGGUGCGAGAUAUCCAAACUGGAGAAGAGUUUCAGUUCAUAUCCAAUGAAUGGCUUGCUGUAGAAGAGGGAGAUGGCCAAAUUGACCGUCUUGUGGCUGUGGCAGGAGAGCAACAACUCAAGGAGUAUUCACAUGUUUUUGGCAAAACAGUGCAGAAGAACCUUGCCGACGACCACUUGUGGUUUAGCGUCUUCUUACGGCCACCUCGGUCACGGUUUACAAGGGUCCAGAGGCUCUCAUCUUGCAUGGCUCUUCUCUAUUUAUCCAUGCUGGUCAAUGCAAUGUUUUAUCAAAAGGUACCUGAUACGCCUGGUACUGGGGGCCUAAACCUGGGGAUAUUUACCAUCUCUGCAGAGGCUCUGGGUGUGGGGUUCUUGAGCAACUUCAUCGUCUUUCCUCCCUCCUUCUGUAUUGUCUUCUUCUUUAGGAAAUCUAGACCCAGAAAUCCCAAAACAUCUCGUUUGAAGGUUGCCCUUGGUAAACAAAAUGCAAGUGUACAUGGUGAUGAGGCAGCAUCUGGGGUGCCCAAGACGUCUCUCUCUGGUGCCAGUGCCAAGGACCUGCCUAUCACCCCAGCCAUGCUAGAAAACAAGAAAAAUCCUGACACUGAGGCUACAAAAAUUAAGAGGAAGAAAAAGGUGUCUCUGCCAUGGUGGUGCGUAAUCAUCGCUUGGGUGUUGUGUGCCACGAGCAUUACCGUUGCCGUCUUUUUCCUCUGGGCGUAUGGCAUCCAGUUUGGAAAUGAGAAAGCAACCAAGUGGCUUACAGCUCUAAUAUCAUCAAUAUGUUCCUCAAUACUUUUCACUCAACCUAUUAAGAUUUACUUGAUGGCAAUGUUACUGUCAUGGAUAUUGAGGAGACCAUUAGAUGAGUUUGAAGACUAUGAUGAUGAUGAAGAGGAGUUUGAGUUGGGCAAUGAUGAGGAGCUUCUUCAUGGUCCACCCACCUCACAAGGUAACUCUCGGCGUUCACAUGCCCAGGUGGGUGCAGGUUUGUCUGAAGAGGAGCUGGCAGCUUGUAAGGACCGUCGCAAACGUGAGCUGGCUAUGCAGGAGCUGAUGCUGGAGAUUCUUGUUUACCUUAUCUUCCUGACCAUCAUCCUCUGCAUCAGUUAUGGCUCCAGAGACCCUAACAUCUUCCUCAUGAGGAACAACGUUGCUAAUACAUUUGUUCACUACUCAACAUCUGAGUGUCCAGCUUUUGCUAAGGCUAAAUUUAAGGAUCAAUUCUGGUGCUGGUCCAAAGAGAUACUGGUACCCAACCUGCUCAACACAACACUGUACAAUGGUAAACACCGCCCGCAAGAAAUGUGUGGAACGCUUCUUGACCGAAUCACCUUCCUCCUUGGCCAUGCCAUUAUUAGGCAAAUAAGAAUGCAGCCUGGUGAUCCUUCAGAGCAUCCAGCCCUACACGAUAGAGCUGAAGACAAGCAAAACUUUGGGCGGAGCUGGAACAUUUCGGGUCCUGUAGAUUCAAACUACCAGUACAAAUCUGCACUGAAGAUUCAUGGAUUUCCCUAUGAUGGAAUUCUGUCCUCAUAUGGUGGUGGCGGUUACCUUGUGGAACUGAAAGGUGGACAAUCUAAGGUCAUGAGAAUUUUAAACUCCCUCGAGGCCCAGAAUUGGGUGGAUGAACAUACUAAAGCUCUCUUCGUUGAAUUUGCCGUCUUCAAUCCACAGGUAAAUCUGUUUGCUGUGGCAAUGUUCAUAUUUGAAUUCAUUCCUGGUGGAGGGAUUCUCACUAAGUACGAGUUCCAAGGGCUGAGACUCUUACGUUACCACACCCCUGGUGGGGUAUUUAUCCUUGCCUCGGAGAUUGCCUACAUCCUUUUUACCUUCUUUUACACACGGCGCGAGUACAAGUCUUUGAAGAAACUUGGCUGUUCGUAUUUCAAGUCUAUUUGGAAUCUCUUUGAAAUAUGGGUGAUUGCUCUGUCAUAUACAGCAAUUAUAUUUUACUUGCUAAAAACGUCACUGACAUAUUACACAUUAGACAAGUUCACAGCAACCAAAGGGAAAACAUAUAUACGAAUGCAGCCACUAGCAUUUUUAGACGAUGUUCUUGGGUAUGUUAUUGCUUUUCAAGUUUUUAUAGGCACUUUAAAGCUGCUUAAGCUGUUAAGAUUUAAUAAACGUAUUGGCAUGCUCUCGGCCACACUCAAGCAUGCUUCUGGGGAUAUUUUGGGUUUUGGGCUUUUUUUUUCUGUUUUGUUUAUAAGUUUUGUUUCUUUCUUUUAUUUAAACACUUUAACUACUUUAAAAGAUUUUUCUACAUUUGUGAAAGCUGCUGAAGCAUGCUUCUUUUUAAUUACUAAGAAAUUUGAAGAAAUUCGAUCUGGGGCUCCAGUCAUUGGUCCGGUAUUUUAUUUCAUUUUUGCCUUUAUAAUGUAUUGGAUUGUGUUCCAGCUUCUCAUUGCUAUAAUCUGUCAUUCCUUUGCCAAAGUAAGCCAAGAUAUAUCCUCCCAGCCCAAUGACUAUGAGGUUGUGGACUACAUCAUAUCCCGAAUGUCGGCAUAUUUGUCAUCCCUACGCCCUAACAGUGUUCAGAGAGUGAACAUUCCCCCGCCAAAGCCUCCAGAUAUACAGUCUCAGCUGUGGCAUAUCAAUGCCUCACUGGAUCGUUCUUUGGCUGCAUUAGACCGUGCUCUACCCAUGAAAAAAGGGAGAGGAAUGUGAUUGUAGAAUUCCUUAAUAAUGAUAUAUUUCUAAUGGGUCAAAAAAUGUCAACUUAUUUUCAGGAAAUAUGUAGUUGUAAAAAUUGCUUGAAAAGUAGCCACAUGAGGAUAAGAAUUGUGCAUGUACUGUAGUAACUAAUAGUCAUGGUAGUGCUGUUGAGAUAACUGUCCACAUUCCUUAUUAGAGUUUGACUUAAAACACUCCACUAACAUCUAAAUGUCGUAGAUCCUAGAUGAUUGUCACAAAACAGUAAAGUAGGUAAUAAAACCUUUAUACCUCGCUUUCUUUAGUAUACUUGAAUCAUGGCUUGCUCAUCUCUAGAUAAGGGAAGCUUCAAUAAUCUAGAUUCAUUUGAGUUUCAUUUGGGAUUUUUUAAUCAUUUUGAUCAUUUAAUUGAAAAUGCAAAGGUAGAUGUAGUCUUUAACUUUAAAGUAAACAUUAUUUGUAGCAAUUUGCAUAAAGUAUUUGUACAAAGCACAAGCACUCAAUGUUACAAAUAUCUAAAGUUUGUGUAUUUAAGGAUACAUAAAACCCCCUACAUCCUAUAUCAUUAGUAAUCUCGCCAUCUUUUAUGUUUCCUUAUUUAUUCUUCUUUCUCUUUAUUUCCUUUUCUCUUCUCUUCUUCCCUCAUUUCGUCACUUUUAUCUCCCAGGUGCUCAUAUCUCUGUUACUUACCACACUUAUUCUUCUUUUUGUUUAUCUUCUCUGUUCACCUUUUCUUCAUUGCUCACUCUCUAUUCUACUGUAAUCUCAUUCUGUUCCCCUCGUAUAUCUCUCUCUCUCGUUCGUUUGUUUCAUUGCCACUUUACAUUUUCUUCCCGGCUUGGUGCCUUCUUUUGAUAAUUACUUCUUUGCCACUUGGUGGUCUUUCUGUAAUACUCAUCUCACAAGUUAUAUAGCAGUGCCUAACUAUGUUCCGUAUAAUAAACUGUUGAUAACCUUA